GGGGGGAGCGAGAAGACUGCGGACUAGUCGGAGUGGCCGCCCUCUGCUUGGCGGGGCCCAGAGUCCCGGGCGUCCCCCACCCAGCUGGCUUCCCCGGAGCCCCAGGUCCUGAGCCAUGACCCGGUAGUGCCCUCCAUCUCCGCCGGCCCCAGGUCCCGGGGCUCCGCUGAGCGGGUCGGUGCUGGCGGAGGCGGCCGUGGUGUUCACAGUGGUGCUCAGCAUCCACGCAGCCGUGUGGGACCGAUACUCAUGGUCCGCCGUGGCCCUAGCAGUGCAGGCCUUCUACGUGCAGUACAAAUGGGACCGGCUGCUGCAGCAGGGAAGCGCAGUCUUCCAGUUCCGAAUGUCCGCAAACAGUGGCCUCCUGCCUGCCUCCAUGGUCAUGCCUUUGCUGGGGCUAGUCAUGAAGGAGCGCUGCCAGGCUGCAGGGAAUCCGUACUUCGAGCGUUUUGGCAUUGUGGUGGCAGCCACAGGCAUGGCAGUGGCCCUCUUCUCAUCAGUGUUGGCUCUGGGCAUCACUCGUCCAGUGCCCACUAACACUUGUGUUAUCUCGGGGUUGGCAGGAGGUAUCAUUAUUUAUAUCAUGAAGCACUCGCUAAGUGUCGGUGAGGUGAUCGAAGUCCUGGAAGUCUUACUGAUCUUCGUUUAUCUCAACAUGAUCCUGCUGUACCUGCUGCCCCGCUGCUUCACUCCCGGGGAGGCGCUGCUGGUGUUGGGUGGCAUUAGCUUCGUCCUCAACCAGCUUAUCAAACGUUCUCUGACUGUGGUGGAAAGCCAGGGGGACCCAGUGGACUUCUUCCUGCUGGUGGUGGUGGUAGGGAUGGUACUCAUGGGUGUCUUCUUCAGCACCCUCUUCAUCUUCAUGGACUCAGGCACCUGGGCCUCUUCCAUCUUCUUCCACCUCAUGACCUGCGUGCUGGGCCUUGGCGUGGUCCUGCCCUGGCUGCACCGGCUCAUUCGCAGGAACCCACUGCUCUGGCUUCUUCAGUUCCUCUUCCAGACAGACACCCGCAUCUACCUUCUAGCCUAUUGGUCUCUGCUGGCCAUGUUGGCGUGCCUGGUGGUGCUGUACCAGAAUUCCAAGCGUUCAUCUUCUGAGUCCAAGAAGCACCAGGCCCCCACCAUCACCCGAAAGUAUUUCCACUUCAUCGUGGUAGCUACCUACAUCCCAGGUAUCAUCUUUGACCGACCUCUGCUCUAUGUGGCCGCCACCGUGUGUCUGGCGGUCUUCAUCUUCCUGGAGUAUGUGCGCUACUUCCGCAUCAAGCCCUUGGGUCACACUCUGCGCAGCCUCCUGUCCCUCUUUCUAGAUGAACGAGACAGCGGACCACUCAUCCUGACGCAUAUCUACCUGCUCCUGGGCAUGUCUCUUCCUGUUUGGCUGGUCCCCAGACCCUGCACACAGAAGGGGAGCCUGGGAGGAGCACGGGCACUAGUGCCCUAUGCCGGUGUCCUGGCUGUGGGUGUGGGCGAUACUGUGGCCUCCAUCUUUGGCAGCACCAUGGGGGAGAUCCGCUGGCCUGGCACCAAAAAGACUUUUGAGGGGACUAUGACAUCUAUAUUUGCACAGAUCAUUUCCGUAGCUCUGAUCUUAAUCUUUGACAGUGGAGUGGACCUGAACUACAGUUACGCUUGGAUUCUAGGGUCCAUCAGCACCGUGUCCCUCCUAGAAGCAUACACCACCCAGAUAGACAAUCUCCUUCUGCCUCUCUACCUCCUGAUACUGUUGAUGGCCUAGCUGUCAUGCAGCAGCAGUGAUGGAGAGAUGGACGUGGGCAGGGGGGAUAGUCCCCACAGCAACCAGGCCCUUGGGCAAGAAAAGCAGAUUGGACUUUUUAGUUGACUCAGAUUUAAAAUAAAAAAGCAGAGCUCUCCUGGCUUUA